AUUGGAUUGAUGUGAAGCGUGUGUCGAUACAUGCACAUAUAGGUAGGUGCGAAGAUAUUUCUGCUCAUGCAUCUGCAUCGCCCGCCUCCCCCUUUUCGCCUCGUUCGGCAAGUAUUCUGUCGACCUGCUCACAGUACAGCUCCUGAGCGAUCUUCUGCUUCUUGCUGAACCCACUGCCGAUCGCCUCCACACCCUGGGGAAUGUACCCACUGUAGCCUAAACCACACGCACAAGCACACACACAGACCCGUGGGCUGGGCCACACACGGGGGACAGACUUGCGUGUCUUCCAGCUGACCAGGAAUCGACCGAGUGAGGUAUGUAUCCAGUCUGUCCUUCUUUGGCAAAGAGAGCUUGUAGGGGUACACGUCGGCGAUGGAAUAGGCCUGACUGCUGUCCUUUUCCUUGGCGGCCUGCCGACACUCAGCCGCGAUUUCGUUGGCACGCUGCAGCAGCAUUCAUGAGACAAGGAGACAGAGACGCCACGCAAUGGGUGGUCAUGUGCCGUCGCUGGUGAGGCUUUCCUGACCUGGAAGGUGGCCCCAACGAUUGUUUCUGAAUACAUACACACACCGACAUAAAUUGCAAACACGUGAGACUCAUAAAGCGGCAGAACACUUCCGCGUCUGUCUCACCACUGUAUUUCGCAGGCACAUAACCUGAACAGAGUUGAAAGAGGGAUACAUGGCCAUGCGUCACAGUCAGGACACUGAGCGCAGGUACCUGAGUAGCCUGGAAGACUGGACACGGUAUAGUCCUUCUGCACCCGCGUCAUCCCGUCACUUGUGUAGGGGCAGCCCGAGGGCUCCGGCCGGCACGCUGCCCGCUUGGCCUGCGUUUCUGCACUGACCGUUCUGGCCUUGGCGGCACCCUCCGUGACGAACUGACGCCGCAGCGUCCGAUUCAUCGACGCAAGCCCCGCUGCAUGUAGUGCACAGACGUGGCACUGUUAUGUCUGCGUGGUUUGCUUCUGUUGCUGUUGACCUGCAGCCUGGUUUGCAGAGGAGAAUGUGCCGCCCAUGAUGCUCUCGCUCCUUUUGCCUGGAAUGAAGCCUGGCAGCAGACAAAGGAAUUAAAGAUGCCGAACCCACACACACCCAUUGAGGCGAGAAGGGAAGGAAGAGGACAUGCCUGUGAAGCCUGGGAUGGGCGUCUUUAGGUACUCGUCGAUCUGCGCAGUGGUCUUGUCCUCUACAACCUCCUCUGAGCCCUCUGAACGCAUCUUUCUUCA